UUAAUGUCUGUAGAUCACAGCACCGUAUUUGAAGCACGAGUAUGUAGCUCGGAAGAACUAGUGCCAGUAUGGGCAACUCCGCACUCCAACGGAUGACGGACACCCGACUCCCCAUUCCAUGACUCCUCACUACUACUAUAUACAAUAAGUAGUUACCCGCUUAACCCCGCAACCCUUUUUCGUCCUCUCUUUUGUACGUGGGGGGUGGACACCUCAAGGGGGGGUGUUUCCUCGAAAUAUCCUAAAAGAAACCGAAGUGAUCGGAUCUACAGUUGACGAAAUAAAAUCCUUGAACUUACCUGCCUACAGACCCAACAGUUCAUUAAUCCAUCCUUCCACUCCAACCCUCCCAAAGGCAACCAUGGCACCAACCCCCACCAAAACCAUCAUCAUCACUGGCGCCGGCGGCUUCAUCGGCCCCCUCCUCGCCUCCCGGCUACUCUCCGACCCAUCCUACCGGAUAAUCCUCACCGACCUGCGCAACGCCGCCGUACCGCCAGGCGUGGCGUACCCAGAGAACGCGACAGUGCUCGAGGGCGACAUCAGCUCCCCCGAAUUCGUCACCUCGCUCCUCCGCGCCGCCGGCACGCCACUCUCCGCCGUCUUCGUCUUCCACGGCAUCAUGUCGGCCGGGUCCGAGGCGGACUGGGACCUCUCGCUGCGCGUGAACGUCGACAGCGUGCGGGAGCUGGUGCUUGCGCUGCGGAGGGAGUACCCCGCCCCCAGCAAUGGCCCGGUCCGCGUGAUCUACGCAAGCUCCCAAGCGGUAUACGGCCAGCCCCUCCCCGCAUCCGGCAUCGUAACCGACUCCGUGACGCCAACGCCGGAGGGGACGUACGGGUCGCACAAGCUGAUGACGGAGAUCCUGCUCAACGACAUGCACCGUCGUGGUUUCCUGGACGUGUUCAGCCUGCGGUUCCCGACGAUCUCGGUGCGUCCGGGGCGGCCGACGAACGCGGCGUCCUCGUUCCUGUCGGGGAUGAUCCGCGAGCCCAUGCACGGCGAGCCGUGCGUCGUACCCCUGCGCGACCGCAGCUUCCGCUCCUUCCUGUGCUCGCCCGCGACGCUGCUCGAGAACCUCGUGCGCGUGCUGCACAUGCCGAGCGACCGGCUGCCGCGCCAUGUGCGGCACAUCAACUUCCCCGGCGUAUCGGCGUCGAUCCAGGAGCUGCUGGACGCGCUGGCGAAGCACGGGGGCGAGGAUCGGUUGAAGUUUGUUAGCGAGGAGACGGAUCCGAAUCUGGAGAGGAUAUUGAGGAGCUGGGCGCCGGAGAUGGACACGAGUACGUCGCUGAGGCUGGGGCUUGUCAAGGAUGAGAGCCCGGAUGCGCUGGUGAAGCAAUAUGUUGAUUCUUUGAAGUCGUCGUGAUUUUUCUCUUAAGGCUUGUUUACCUAGUAGGUAAGUACCUAUGGAUGGGUAUGGGUGUUACUAGAUAAUAAGUACCUAAGGUAGGUCGGUAGGUAGUUGAUUUUAUAGGCAGGGUUUGCUAGGUACUUAUGCCAAAUCUUCUAAUAGGAUUCCCUCUACAUGCUAGAGAGGUGCGUACGACAAUCAUGU